AUGACGUAAAUAAAUAUGUUUUUUGCUCAUAUUAACAAAUCCUAGCUGUUAAAUUUGGCCAAAUCCUGUUUGGAAAAGUAUAUAAAUGUUUUGUCUUGUAAACAACAAAGUUAAUAACAAAAUAUGGGCGAAAGAUAUAUAACAGUGACACUGUCAUGCCUAUUAAUAGUGGCAUGGCGGGCAUCAGCACAACCAAACCGCUUUGCUGGGGUAUCAAAUUUACGGGACUUUGUAGCAAUGAGAGAAUCCCCGUCGUCAGUCUUAUCAAGUAGCAGUAUAUCAGCAAGAACAUUCUCUGACGCUGUCAGUCGAGCUAUUCCAGAAAUCCAGACUUCAAUUUCCUCAAAAACAGCGCUUGAUAGAACAGCUUUCGAAGCAGGUGUCGAUCGGGUUUCCGUAGACACCACUGAUGCGUUCGGUCCUCAGCAUUUAACUCAGUCGGCUGCUCUGGAUAUUGGACAGGCCGGACAAGCGUUUCUUGAAACAGCAUCUUCAACAGCUAAAAGAUUAAAUGUUCCGAGUGGAGAUAUUUCCUCGCAGUUUGCAGGCGCCAGAAUUGAGCCUGAUUUCACUAUCAUGCCCCGUCCUUUUAGAUGUCCGUUCCGUAAACCUUGGCCAACUUGUGACGAACGUGCCAAAUACCGGUCCAUAGAUGGCACGUGCAAUAACGUGCGUAACUCUUUGUGGGGCAAGUCGUUGACUCCCUUUGAAAGAAGUUUAACACCAGAUUAUGCUGAUGGAAUAUCGUCACCACGAACACGAAGUGUUAAUGGAGGUCCGCUGCCAAAUGCACGGAAAAUCAGCCGAGAUUUCCAUACGUCCUUGUCGGUCGAAGACAAACAACUUAGUCAUUUUGCAAUGGAAUUUGGACAGUUUGUUAGUCACGAUAUUCAGUUUAAUGCUUUAUCUCAAGGAUACAGAGGCUCAAACUUGAACUGCUGCGAGAGACCAAACAGGCAGUCGUGUUUCCCAAUACAGAUUCCCCCAGGCGAUCCAUUCUUUACUAAUCGGACAUGUUUGAAUCUGGUUCGAUCCUUACCAACACCGAAUUUAGACUGCAUUCUAGGAGUGCGGGAACAACUAAACCAGAACACCCACUUUUUAGAUGGAUCGCUUGUGUAUGGAUCGGACAAGGCCACAUCGGACGGCCUACGCACGUUUACAGGAGGUUUACUGAAGACAAGUGCAGCAGACGAUUUAUUACCACAGAACAGUGGCGCGAACGCCGGAUGUACCAUAACUGUUGCGUCACGGCCUUGUUUCCGGGCAGGUGACCCAAGAGUUAAUCAGCAGCCCGCCCUGAUUUCUUUGCACACCAUAUGGAUGCGCGAGCACAAUCGAGUUGCCAAGCAACUAGCGCUCGUGCAACCCACGUGGAGAGGCGACGACGAGAAACUAUUCCAGGAGGCGAGACGUAUAGUCGUUGCCAUGAUACAACACAUUACGUACAGUGAAUUCCUACCAGAGGUCCUCGGAAACAGCGUCAUGACGAAAUACGGAUUGAAGCCUAAGAUUAACGGCUAUACAGGUUACAAUCCGAGGGAAAAACCAAUGAUUAGGAAUGGUUUCAUGGCGGCGGCCUACCGUUUCGGACACAGUAUGAUUUCCGAUCAUUUACCCACACAUAAUGGCUUCCUUCAAACAUCUAAUAGUUUAUUAAAGGAUACAUUUUUGAAACCAGAUCUCGUUUACACAAAAGGUGUUGAUGAGAUUACACGGGGAUUAACGAGAUCCAAGGCUGAAGAUGUCGAUAAGUACAUCUCAGCACAAGUCACGAGACAUCUGUUCGAGAGACGACCAGGUUUCGGAGGUGACCUUGCAGCCACCAACAUACAAAGAGCACGGGACCAUGGUAUACCGAGUUAUCAGAAAUGGCGACGUCAUUGUGGACUGUCCGGACAGUAUUCGCAUGCAUACCAUGUUCGAAGCAACUUGCAACAGAUUUAUAGUAACCCAGACGACAUGGACCUGUUUACUGCCGGUGUUUCUGAAACAGCAGUUCCAGGAGGAAAAGUAGGUCCAACUUUCGCUUGUAUGAUUGGCGAACAAUUCCGGUCGUUGAAAAACGGAGACAGGUUCUACUACGAGCAUGAUGAAGUUGGAAAGUUUACACCAGAACAAUUAAGAGAAAUUCGGGGAACUACAAUGUCAAAAGUGAUGUGCAGAAACACGGGUAUACCUCAUCUUCAAAGAAACGCAUUUAAAGAUGUAAUUUCAGGAAAUCCAAUCGUUAACUGUCGCACCAUGAAGGACAUUGACUUUUCAAACUGGGGAACGAAUUGUCAAUCUGGCGGAGGCUGGUCGGCUUGGCAAACUACCCCUUGUUUUGGGAACUGGAGGCUUCGGUACCGUAUUUGCACAAGUUCUGGCUCGAACCAAUGUGGCAACCCGUGCCCGAGGAAAUAUGAAAUAAAAGUGGAAUCUUGUGGUUGGAUUUGGGAGCCUCUCUGGCCAAGGGAUAGGCCACAGCCCCCACAAAGACCAUUUGUGGCAGAUCGCACGAGCAUCAGUGAUAUUCAGUCAAGAAUAGAAACGAAACUAACAAGUCUUAUAAAUAGCAAAAAGGGAAAUAUUGAUGCUAAAUUAUUUGAACAAGCUUUAUCCGCUGUGAGCCCCACGAUGUCAAGGGCUUGAAACAAAUUUGAACUUAUUUGAAGCCAAAUAUGUUUGACCUCGUGAAAAUGUAUGUAAAGGAGCUUUAAUUGUUGCAACCGUUUUAUAUGUUAAUUUAUUUAUAUGUUUUGAAAUGAUGAACUGAAUAAUAAAUGCUGUUAAAAUAUAAGCCUUAUAUAUUGAAGGAACAACAUCCCCAACUGCUUUAAAAUAUUGUAUAUUAUUAUCCUUCGCAAUGUCUUUUGUUUCCAGAUGUCUAGAUUUGUAUGCCCAUGCGUGAAAGUGAAUACAUGCCGACGAAUGUUUAGUGUUGAUACACUAAAUGAGUCCGUUUGCCAUUUAAAUGACCUCUGAUCGUUUCUUGCUGUGCAUUAUUAUGAAUAUACCACGCAUUUUUAUGUAGUAUACACAUACUGUAUAGUUCAGACUCUGCCACGGUGCCAUGUUGGCAGAAUAUAAAUGUUUUCUGUUUAUUAUCACUUUUAUUUAUGAC